GACUAGAACACGUAAGAUGGCUUCUGCGGCUCAGGUCACGCGUCCCCCUGGACAGAGUGCCGUAAGCCCGGCUGCAAGCUUCCCCUACAGAGCCAGGCAGUAAGUGCUUCCAGCUUCUCAGGCCCUCUGCUGUGGCCAAGGUGGCAAGAGCCAGCCACAGAUGACGUAAACAAAGGCUGUGUCUGGGCACCGAGACUUCACAAAGAAAGGUGCUGGGCUGCGCUGGGAGGGCCCCAGACAGUGAGUCGGACAUGCCUGCUGCGUGGUAACGGAUCCAAACCCGGUGCCGGGCGCAGCAGAAAUACAAAAAAAUAGCCAGGCGUGGUGGCGGCCGCCUAUGAUCCCAGCUACCCGGGAGCCUGAAGGAGGAGAAUCGCUUGAACCCGGGAGGCGGAGGUUGCAUUCAGCCAAGAUGGCGCCACUGCACUCCAGCCUGAGCGACAAGAGGGAAACUCAGGAAACAGGAAAGGAAAGGAAAGAAAUAGCCGAGGCGGGUGGAUCACGAGGUCAAGAGAUCGAGACCAUCCUGGUCAACAUGGUGAAACCCCGUCUCUACUGAAAAUACAAAAAUCGGCCGGGCGCGGUGGCUCACGCCUGUAAUCCCAGCACUUUGGGAGGCCGAGGCGGGUGGAUCACGAGGUCGAGAGAUCGAGACCAUCCUGGUCAACAUGGUGAAACCCCGUCUCUACUAAAAAUACAAAAAAUUAGCUGGACAUGGUGGCGCGUGCCUGUAAUCCCAGCUACUCAGGAGGCUGAGGCAGGAGAAUUGCCUGAACCCAGGAGGCGGAGGUUGUGGUGAGCCGAGAUCGCGCCAUUGCACUCCAGCCUGAGUAACAAGAGCGAAACUCCGUCUCAAAAAAAAAAAACAAUAAAAAAAUAAGGCAAGAAAGAAAGAAUAACCCAAACCUCCCCGGAGAGAGGCCUGGGCUCGGCCCUCCGCCCCUAAGUCACUCUAAGCCCUGGGUCCCGAACGCAUGAGAAGGGCCAGCCUGCUCGGGGGCCCAGCCCAGCCCAGCCCCACGAAGAGGGGUUCGGAGUGGAGGCUGGCCCGGCGCUACCCUUGACCUUGGGGGACUGGAGGCUGAGGUCGGCCGCACAGCACGCGGAGGAGUCCGCAGGAAGAUCCCAACACCGAGGUCUGAGGACGGUCCCCGGGUGCCCGCCGGGAGGACCGCGGGGAGGGGGCAGCGGACGAGCGCUCUCCCGGCCCUUCUCCCGGCUGCUUCCGGCGCGUCCUCGUCUGGGAAGCCGGGACCGUGACCAUGGCCGUGAGGCCCGUGGAGAACUCGCAAGUACGCCCGGGUCUCGGCGCCCUCCUGACUCGCGGCUGGCGCUGGGAUGCAGGCGCCCCACGUGGACUGUCCCUCCCGCGGCGCCGUGGCCUCCCCACCGUGGUCACACGGGUUGUCGGGGGUCAAGCAGUCUCUUCCCUCGGCUUCCUCGUGGCUCCCCGCUCCCCUCCCGCCUCGCAGCCCCGCCAGGCUCACCGGAGCUCCUCCCGCAGGGCCGCCGCCUCCUUCCCGCGCUGCGGCUGCCGGCGUGUCGGGUCGGCGGGCAGCGCGCUCAGGAACUGCUCGGGCAAGGGCUCCUCAGUGCGCGCCUCGGGCCGCAGCCAGUCCCGGCACAGGCCGCGGAGCAGCCCCGGCGAGGAGCGCGGCCGGCGUAGCCCAGUGGAAGCGCCGGAAGCGGUGCCGGAAGCGGUGCCGGAAGCGGUGCCGGAAGCGGUGCCGGAAGCGGUGCCGGAAGCGGCCCCACAGGCAGCCCGCGCAGGCCCUCGGCCGCCUGCUUCGCGGGCACCGCCACCUCCAUGGAGCCUCCCCGAUGGCAGGCCUGCCCCGCACGGCCGAGGGAGAGAACAGGGCUCAGCGAGGGGCGGCACUGGUUCGGGCGCUGAGGAAAGGGCGUCCCCCUCCUGGGCUCCCACGGAGUCAAGUCCUGACUCUGCCCCUCCCCGGGCGCCCCCGCCCCCGCGGCCUCUGCACCUCAGUCUCGCAGCUCCUCCCGCCGCUGCCCGACCGCACUGAGGCUCUGCAGCGAAUUCCAGCUCUGUGUCCUUGGACAAGGGACAAGGCACCUUUGGUCUGAAACUGACCUUGAAACAUGGAAGACGUUACUUUGCCUAAGCACACGGGACCAGUGUAAAACCAACGCGGAUUUUGGCUGCCUCAUGCUGCUUGGAUUCUUAAAAUGGUGAUUCUUAAAUGCGAAGGAAAGUUUUGAAUUCUUUUGAGAAUCUAACAGAGGUCAUGAAAACUUGUUCAGGAACACACACGUACAGUAAGUACUUUUAAGUAUUGAUCAGGUACUAUAAAUCACAGCACUGUGGAUACAAUGGGAUUAGACAUGAAGAAAAAUUUUGUAUUUUUAAUAAAGACUGGUUACUAACCUUAAGGAACAGACUUAGACUCUGAAAGUAAAAGGAAGGUGCAAUGACCGCAUUUCUUCAUUCAUCUGCCUCUUUUUCAAAUCUAAUGAUGAUCUGCUUGAAGCAAAUGUGUCCCUAAUCUAGCCUAUAAACAAUAAAAACAAAAACGUUUAAGUUCUAACUUUUGUUAGCACUGUACAUGUAAUAAUUUUCAAGUAUUACAAAAUACUGGGAAGGAAAGACUUUAAUAUACCACUAUAAAAAUCCUAUAUACUCAAACCAGCAAUGAAAUGCCUGGAUAUAUAACAUGUUACCUUGGGCAAAAUUUAAGAAAAUAAAGACAAAAUCAUUCUAAAUUUUUUUUUCUUUUUUUUUUCAGAUGGAGUCUUGCUUGCUCUGUUGCCCAGGCUGGCAUGCAGUGGUGUGAUGUCAGCUCACUGCAAACUCUGUGUCCUGGUUUCAAGUGAUUCUCCUGCCUCAGCCUCUGAAGUAGCUGGGAUGACAACUAUCUGCCACUACCCUUGGCUAAUUUUUGUAUUUUUAGUAGAGACAGGGUUUUGCUGUGUUGGCUAGGCUGGUCUCAAACUCCUGAUCUCAGGUGUUGUACCUGCCUCAGCCUCCCUAAGUGCUGGGAUUACAGGCAUGAUCUAAAUUCUUUAUAAUCUUCAAGGACAUGAAUUCAGUCUCUCUGAAAACUUUGUUUAAUACAAUUGAAUAUUUCAUUCCCCCUCCAACAGUAAUCAAAGCAAACAUUUUAUCAUUAUUAUUCUGGCUAUAUCCAACUAAAUUCCAGGAAUGUAAGAGUCUUACUUGGAAAUAUUACAUAGAAAAAGGCUGAAUUAACAAAUGAAACGUUUUAGUUUUUCCCUGUAAGUAUACACUGACAUCUAUCUACUUAUCUGAGAGCAGCACUGCUGGUUGUGAGUGAGUUUGUUUCCUUUCCUUCCAGAGGGAAUGCAGUCGGCAGUAUUAUCUUUGGAACAAAUCAACACGAUAGUAACAAAUAACAGAAGAAAUACUUCUACACAUAUAUUUUCCAUGGGCAAUAAAUAGUAAGUAUAUAAUUAUGAAAAAAUAUGCCUCGACUAUGCUUUUUAAAGUUUCUCAAGGUUUACUGGUUUGUUUUUCAUAUUAAAAUACAAUGCAUUAUCACUACUAUCUAUCCUGGGAAAAACAAACCCUGAAGUUCGAGUUUCCUCCUGCAGCCAAUAGAGUGAUAACAAGAGUAAACUUGGAUUGAGGUCAACCUGUUUGAGCCAACAGAGAGUUCUGUAGUAUAUGUGGUUAUUUUACUAAUGUAUACAUAUUCUAGGUUAUUAUCAAGAUCCUCAUCAAAUAUUUUCUAUCAAAGUUUUAUAUCCCAAACAGGUUCUCUGAUGAUUUAUCAUGCUACCACAGGAAGUUUGAAGAAAUAACAAACUGUGUAACAGAAUAGACAUGCAAUAUAGAGGACAUAAAAGAUACAGCUUGACCCUGGAUUUUUCCCUUAGAAUAAUUCCUUCCAUAAAUAAGACUUUAUCUUUACAUAUAGAUUUGUCCUAUAACUGCUCUUGGAUCAUAAAGUUAAUGACAUAGUUGAAAACAUCUAGAC